AUGAGUUUUUCAGAGAACCUGUACAUGGAUGAAUCGUUAACGGAGAACAAAGGGUCUACCUCGGAGUCUAUUGAUUCUGUCGAUGCCUCGGCCGACCAUUGGUCCCAUGGAGGAAUCGCUCAGGCGCAGAAAGACCCAAUGUUCCUUCCUGACGACGUUGUCAGUUUCAUCGACGAAGAGGGGACAACCAUUCGCGGUGUGUUCGCGGACGAUGUGGACUUGUCGUUUGGGAACUGGUCGUUGAGUGAUAAGAAGGCUGAGAAAUUCAAAAUCUCCACCUAUCCGUCGAAAAAGGUCGUCCAUAAACAAAGCGAAGAGCUAAAGCUUCUCCAUCGACCAUUCAUGUUGGGCGAGGUUGUCAGACGAGGCAAGAGUGAUGAAAUCGGAACAGUCGUUGCGAUCGAGUUCGAAAGUGACGUCAGAGUCCCAGGUACAAACUUGGAAUUGGAGAAGAUCUCUUCAAAAAGACUUCUUUCCUGUGAUCCGACUUUUUAUGGGCAGAAGGUGGCUCUCAACGGCUGGAUCGGCGAAAUAACAAAGUACAAGAGUAAGACAGGAAGCAUGGCGGAAACCGGUUCAUUUUCUUCGAGCGACGAGGUCGAAGUCAACUGGGUCGCCUGCGGAAAAAAUGAGCCGUCCCCAAAACCGAACAGCAAAGUUGACUCUUCUGAGCUGCCUCAACUGCAAGCGCCUUGGAACCAGGAGAAUACUGCCUACAAGAAUUCUGACACUGCCACCAAGUUUUGGGGUGUUCUACUCUACGAUCGCUUUAGAAUCAAGCUUACAAACGAAGAGGCGCAGAGUUUGAACAGAAUGCUGAAAAGUCAAGAGGUCGACCCUUCGGAGUUCCGUCAUUUUGCGAAACCGAGCCAUUCGAAAAAAGGAAAGAAGCUCUCCUCCGAUGAUUUUCUGGAAAUGCUGACGAAGAUCGCCAACGAUGACGAGAAGUCAAGUUACAUAUGUCUCCGCUUUCCAAACUUCAUGGUGGACACAUAUGAAGGAGAGUCGAGGACUUACUUAGACGGCAUGGAUCACGAGGAUUCCAAACCAAAAGUGAUCAGUAGCUUGUUCGAGACUAUUUUCAAAAAUGAAAAAGUGGACAAAGAGGGGAUGAAAAAUAAAGUAAACCGAGUUUUCGAAGAAAUUGAAAAGCUACUCGGGAAGAAAUAUUCGCUUGGCAGCAUGAACAUCCACUUUGAUGAGAAGAAUAUUGAGUUCUUACUAGAAGAAAAGUCAAGCUUAGAAGGGGCAGCCAAUUUCCAGUUCGAAGAAGAGAGCUGGAUUUGCAUCGAGGUCGCUACUUGCACGUCGAUUUGUAAGGUGCAAUGGCAAUCGGGCGAAAUCGAAGACUGCGAUUCUACUGGACUCUCAACAUGUAGUAAUCAUUCUCAAUGGCGCAAGUUCCUUCCAGGGAAUUACGUUGUUCGUAAAAAUCAAGAAAACCUCGCCGAAUGGGGAAGCGUUGUCUCCGUCGAUUUCGCCAAGAAGCAAGUCGUUGUCAAAUGGUUUAUCGACGAAACAACUAAAGAACGAGAAACAAUCUCUUUCAACGACGCGACCGCUCAUCCAGUUUUCAAAUUUCCCCUCGGAAGCCUCGUUGUAAGCAACAGUUCAUCGCAGAUCAACUGCCCGGGCGUCGGAAUGGUAAAGGGCUUCCUGUCAUGCGGAAAACUCGAGAUAAUGUGGGCCGAUAGAACGGAAUCCCCCGUUUUUCCAACUCAACUGACCCCCGAAAGUGUACUCUUCCCAAAAGAAGACUAUUCAUGGCCCAUGGAAAGUGAAGCAGGCUAUGGAAUGUCCGAAGAAGGCGGAUCAAAAACAACCGAGGAGAAGAUUUCCGAGAUAACAGAGCCUGUUAUUGAUGAUGUACCUAUUGCCGAUCUUGGGCAAGUUCAUUUUCUCGAGGAUCCAAGCCCAACUCACGCUUUCUUCAAUUCCAAAAAUGACCACUCAAAGUCAUUUUUGAAGAUUUACAACUCUGAAAUCAGCAGACUUCAAACGUCGAUCCCCAAAGGUGUUCACUUGUGGGCAUAUGAAAGUCGCCUCGAUUUACUUUCAUUCGCCAUCGAAGGGCCAGCAGGGACUCCUUACGAACACUGCCUCUUCUGCUUCGACAUUUGCCUUCCAGACGGAUACCCGCUCACCUCCCCGCCGAAAGUCCGCUACAGAUCAACGCUGGAUAGAAGAAUCAAUCCAAAUCUCUACGAUGACGGGAAGGUCUGCCUAUCCCUCCUGGGAACUUGGGCGGGUAAUGGGUGCGAGAAGUGGAAAUACACUUCCAAUCUCUUGCAAUUGCUCGUCUCGCUUCAAGGGCUGACACUGAAUGCCGAGCCUUAUUUCAACGAGCCUGGCUACGAGAAAACAAGAAAGACCGACGCUGGCGUAAACGGCUCAAGGAAAUAUAACCAGGAUAUCACAAAAUAUCUCUGCCAACAUGUGAUCACAACGAUCAGAAAUCCAGGACAGCCAUUUGAAGAGCUCGUGAAGGAGUUCUACUUUGGAUCGAAGCUGGAAAAGAAAGAAGGAGUCAUCGGCAAGUUUAUCGAUAAGAUGGAAAAGCUGACUGGCGAAAACCCAGAGGAUUUGGCUUAUCCACUACUGCCAAUCGUAGACAAGUUGAAAUCCACCCUGUCAGCGAAAAUCGAAACGCUGAAGGAAAUCAAAUCCGAAGAAGAAAAGGAAGCCACAUCUUCUGCCUAG